AAAUGAUCAAUUUCAUAUCCAGCUCCUCGGGAUCUGGGCACCAUCACAUCUGCUCCCAGUGGGCCAGGAAGGGGCACAUUAGAUGUCUUACAGAGGCUCGACUCCUGGGGGGCAACAGAAAUCAUACUUGGUGGAGAUGCCAAUGCAGAAUGGAACAGUUAUAUGGACAAAUCAGGUGCCGAGUGGAACUGAAGAAUCAACAAAAACAGAGAAAUAUUUUGUACUGACCCAUCCCAGAGACACAAAUGGGUAAAAUGAGUAAAUGGGCCAUAAACACAGGAGCAUAGUCAUGAUUAGCCCCAUAUUUUAUACAAGUGGAAUGUCUUAGGACACACCCAUACAUGGACCCAAUCCCACCCACUUCUAAGUAACACCACCCCCUUUGGCCAAGGAUGUUUAAACUGUCGAACCUAAACACAAACUAUAGGAAAUUAUACAGGCGGGGCAGAGCCAGAAACUAAUCCAGAAGUAGAAUUGGAACACAAAAACUGAGACUGAGGAGCUGCCACCAGAGAGGAGAGAUGGAUGAAAAUGCCCAGAGGGGGCAGGAGGGCAGGAGACAAUCCCAGGAACAUCAACUGGGGGUAAAGUUCCACCAACUGGAUCUGAGGAUCAAUAACAUGGAGGAGAUGUGUAACAUGUGUGAUACAUUGUGUUCCUUACUGGCACAGGAAUCACAUGGAGCUGCACUGUGUGGGGCUGAGGGGGCACAUAAUGAGGGGGGCACAGAUGGGAUAAUGGCCCCUGGAUUGGCUCAUACUGUGCUGGGUAUAAGGACACUGAUCUGUGGGCAGGAGGCUACAGACCUGUUACUGGAUAUAAAUACGGCUCAUAAUCAUGUAUCUGUAUCAGGGGACAGGAAAUCUGCUUCCUUCUCACUAACAAAACUACAUUACCCACAAUCCCCAGAGAGAUUUCGGGGUGUGAUUCAGGCUUUAAGCAGCAGGAGUUUCCCCUCAGGGCGACAUUACUGGGAAGUGGAAGGCAGUGAAUCAGGGGGCUGGGCGGUAGGGGUGGCCUAUCCCAGUAUAGAGAGGAGUGGGGAUCAGGCUGGCAUUGGGGAGAAUAACAAGUCCUGGUGUUUGUACAGAUGGGAUUAUUAUGACAGAUAUACAGUGAUACAUGACAGUAAAUGGAGAGAUGUACCCCAAGUCCCUUCCUGCAGGAGAAUUGGAAUCUGGUUGGACUAUGAGGCUGGACGUCUGUCCUUUUAUGAGCUGAGUGAGCCAAUCAGACACUUACACACCUUCACUGCCACAUUCACUGAGCCCCUUCAUGCUGCAUUCUGGGUAGGGUGGUGUGCCUGGGUGAGAAUCAUUAAAGAGAGAGAAAAAGGAGCUGAUAUUGUAGCACUAGUAAAAGAGACAGACAGGCAGAUAAGAGACAGGGAGGCUCUGACCCAAGACAGAGAGAAGUUGAACACAGACAGCCGGAUGCAGGAGGAGGAUGUUGUGUCUCAUAUAAUCCACAAGGGGGAGACAGAGAGGGAAGAGUUGGUCAGGCAGAUCCGUGACAUGGAGGAGAUGUGUAACAUUGAUGGUGCCUGGGUGAGAAUCAUUACAGAGAGAGAAAAAGAGGCUGAUAUAUUAAUACUAGAGAAAGCAAGAGACAGACUUAAAAGAGUCUCUGAGGAUCUGACCCCAGGCAGAAAGAAGUUGGAGCCAGAGACUCAGAUGCAGGAGGAGGAUGUUGUGUCUCAUAUAAUCCACAAGGGGGAGACAGAGAGGGAAGAGUUGGUUGGGCAGAUCCUGGACAUGGAGGAGAUGUGUUUCCUUGGCUAUGUCUAA